AUGCUGUUCAAAAGCGUUUUCCUGCUUCUCUGCACGAGACUAGCAGAUGCAGCUCUAACUUAUAGGGGUGUAGACUGGUCGUCAGUUGCGGUGGAGGAGAAGGCCGGCAUUACUUACAAGACGACGAGCGGCACAGCUCAGUCGCUCGAGAGGAUUCUUGUUGACAAUGGGGUCAACAUCGUACGGCAAAGAAUCUGGGUCAAUCCAUCCGAUGGCAACUACAACCUCAACUACAAUAUAGCUCUUGCCAAGCGCGCAAAGGCCGCCGGACUCUCGGUCUUCCUCGACCUUCACUACUCCGAUACCUGGGCAGACCCAGCCCAUCAGAAAAUCCCGUCAGGAUGGCCAAGCGAUAUUGAGAACCUUUCGUGGAAGGUCUACAAUUAUACGCUGGAUACCAUGAACGCGAUGCAGAGUAACGGCAUUGCGCCGGCUAUUGUCUCCAUUGGCAACGAGAUCACUGCUGGCAUGCUCUUUUCCACCGGCAGCACCUCGAACAUGUACAAUCUAGCCAGGAUUCUCAACUCUGCUGCGUAUGGAGUCAAGGACAGCAAGCUGUCGACCAAACCCAAGAUUAUGAUUCAUCUCGACAAUGGCUGGGAUUGGGAGACUCAGAAGUGGUGGUACACCAGCGUCCUUGCAGCAGGUCCUCUCAAGAGUUCCGAUUUUGAUAUGAUGGGUGUAUCCUAUUAUCCCUUCUAUAAUUCGGCUGCGACGCUUGCAAGCCUGAAGACCAGCUUGACGAACAUGGCAAGCACAUGGGGUAAGGAAAUUGCCGUCGUGGAAACGAACUGGCCUACCUCUUGUCCUUCGCCAAAAUACGCGUUCCCCAGCGACCUGAAGAGCAUUCCCUUCUCUGCAGCGGGGCAGACAACCUUCGUUCAGAAGGUAGCAGCAGUUGUCGCCGGAGUGAGCAGAGGCGUCGGUUUGUUCUACUGGGAACCGGCUUGGGUGGAUAACUCGUCAUUGGGAUCCUCUUGCGCCUACAACACGAUGUUUCAGUAUCCAGGAACAGCCUUGUCGAGCAUUGGGGUUUUCAAGACGAUAUGA